CUCUAUGAUUCACGUUCUACAACUGCGUGAUGUAAUUUUGACGAUAUUCUUUAAUUUUUAUGAAACAUUUAUUUAUAUGGUUUUUCAUUACUUUUCUCUAACAUUUAGUAGAUAACAAAUACAUAUUUUCAUUCUGAUUGUCACGUUGGAGGUCAAUAACAAACAAAGUGAUAAGAUUCUUUUAAAUGUUUGAGGUUAUAUAUGUAUAUUUCGAAUAAUUUUACUUGUCAUUAUUCAUUAAUUCAAUGAGUGUUAUUUUUAAUAUUGGAAGUUUCUUCGUGUUUAAUUCAACAAAGCGAUCAUAUUUCAUAAUUUUUCGUACAAAGAAAGUUUAACAAGUUGUUCACCAAAAAUGGAAGUAAAGAAAAUAAUUCGAAAGUUAAAAAUUGCGAGUCAGGCCGAAAUUCUACGAUCACAUCAGAGGGACGAUGACUUUGUUAAAUAUCUACGAGAAAAGAUCGCGGAUGUUCUACAAAUUCUUGAAAGGCGAAUUGGCUUGCUACCCCUGAUACACUCAGACAUUCCAUUCAAGUUAAUUUAUUUCUUUUUUACCUCGGGAAUGGGGAACCAGACGUUAGGAGAAGAAUACACUGGAAUUGUGCAGGCCAACUUAGAUGCUCAAAAAGUUCCAUCUAUAUAUGCAAGGGUACUGGCAGUAAUUUUAGAAUGCCUUGGAGAGAAAGCAUUGAUAAGAUUACUAAAAAGAUUAGAAUUAUCGGUCAAUCAUCCUCAUAGUAAAUUAACUCCUGCAGCUGCAAUAUUUUUAAAUUCUUUCAUAACAAAAAUGUAUACUAUGAUACCUAUUUUCAUAUUAGUGCACAAGGGACUAUUUUAUAUGUUUGGUCACUAUUAUAGUUUAGGCAAAAGAAUAGCACGAAUAGAUUAUGCAAAGGUAUAUGGUCAUCGGCCUACUGAUACUAUCAGUUGGGGAUUAAAACUAUUAGGAAUUGCUACGCUUGCACAAUGUGUGCUAAAGAUCUGGCAAAGCAGAAACAGUGAAAGCCCUUUUAAUAAAUACUUAACAGUCCCUGAGAAACAUAGUAAGCUGAUGUGCCAGUUGUGCCUUGAAAAAGUGCCAACAACUACCACACCCUGUGGUCAUUUGUUUUGUUGGUUUUGCCUUACUGAUUGGUUGAAUACUAAACCACAGUGUCCACUCUGUAGAGAACAUGUUGUACCUACUAGAAUAGUGCAUGUAAUGAAUUUGUAAAUAUUUUUAACUACUUAUAAAGAGAAAUUAAUAAAAAACAACAUGCA